AAAGACCUUAGAUUUCUGGACAAGCAAGAUCAAGCAGUGGACAUGGAACAGCCUCAGCCUACAAUGGGUGAUGUUGCUGGUGGAUCACAAGUGUAUCCUGCUUCAGCCUAUCCACCUGCAGCAACAGUAGCUCCUGGUGUUACUCCAGCCGGUUCACAUCCAACACCACCACCACUCCCUCCUAAUCCAGCUCAGGUCAGUGCUGAGAACCAGCUUCUCUACGAGCAAUCGCAGCAAUUUCAGCAACAACUCCAGCAGGUCUGGGUGAAACAUUUGUCGGAGAUUGAGCAGGCCAGUGACUUCGUGAAUCACACCCUGCCACUCGUCAGUAUCAAGGAAAUCAUGAAGGCUGACGAGGAUGUCUGCAUCAUCCCCGACGAUGUUGAGCUGGUCUUCUCGAAAAUCUGUGAGAUGUUCGUGCUGGAGCUGACGCUGCGGUCGUGGAUGCACGCCGAGGAGAACAAGCGCCGGACCUUGCAGAAGAAUGAUAUAUCUGCUGCUAUAGCUAGGACUGACAUCUACGACUUCCUGGUUGACAUAAUUCCCAGGGAUGAGAUGAAGGAGGAGGUAGUGGGGCUUCCGGGGGCAGGACAGCCGGCUCUGGCCGAGGCAUGCCAGUAUUACUUCCCGCAGGAGGCUCAGCAGCAGGUGCAUGGUGCACCAAUGGUGUAUGGUGGGCAGCAGGGCCAGCCAGUGACAUAUGCGUAUCAGGAUCCUCAGGAACAGAAGCAAGGGCCUCCUGCAGAGCAGCAAUCUUUUGAUGAAAGUGGCUGA